GUCCAUGGAUUUGCUGCUGCGCCCCCGCCUUGCCCCUAGUUUUCGAGCACCAGUAUAUCUCGCAGCUUCCUCCUCCUCCUCCUCCGCUUCUGCUCUCGUCGUCGAGACUGUUUCUUGCUGCCGCCGCUGCUGCUGCUGUUGAUUCUUUCUUGGGUGGUUCGGGUGAGCCAAGGAAGGAAAGGUCGGAUCUUAGUGUGGUGGUGCCCGGCGAUGAAGGUGGGGAGGGGGUCGUCGAGGGGAGGUGCGGAGGAUGACGCCGCUGCUGGGAGCGGCGGGAUGGAGGCGGCGCCGCCGGUGAAGAGGAGGCGGGUGGCGGGGGCGCCGGCGGCGGGGGCAGGCGGGAGCAGGCGCGUGCAGGCGGAGGCGUCGCCGCUGCAGCGGCUCUUCCAGGCUUGCCGCGCCGUCUUCAGGGGCCCCGGCACCGUCCCGGCGCCCGCCGAGGUCGACCUGCUCUGCUCCAUGCUCGACAAAAUGAAACCAGAAGAUGUUGGCCUUAGCGCGGAACAAGAAUUCUUCACGACUAGAGAAGAAGACGAUGGAAUCCCGCUCAUUAAAAAUACAACAUUGUAUGAAUGCGAGAACUUUACGAUGGUUAUCUUCUUUUUACCACAAAACGCGGUCAUCCCUCUCCACGAUCACCCUGGAAUGACAGUGUUCAGUAAACUACUUAUCGGAUCGCUGCAUAUAAGGUCAUACGAUUGGGUUGAUCCUGAGCCCGCGCCAAGCUGUUGUAAUCACUUGAGAUUGGCAAAGCGAGUGGUGAAUGGUGUUUUUACGGCGCCUUGUGAUACAUCAGUCCUGUACCCGACAACGGGAGGGAACAUGCACCGGUUUCGAGCUAGGGCGCCUUGUGCAAUUCUCGACAUUCUUGGCCCCCCUUACUCCAUGGAAGAUGACCGGGACUGCACCUAUUACAGCGCUGUUCCUUACUCGCGUCAUUCGACGAAAAAUGACGCGACGGAGCAGCACGCCGGAGUCGACCAAGAAGGCCACCGUCUGUCAUGGCUGAAGGAAACCAUUCCACGGGAGCUGAGGAUGCGCAGGAUCCGGUACGGUGGCCCGCCGAUCUCCGAUGAGUGAUCGCCGGCCCGGCCUGAUCCGAAGAACAUUCAUGACCUGAUGGACAUGGACAGCCAAACCCAUGCAGCUGAAUCUGUCGAUGUCUAACCUUGUAGACAGCGGAUAACCAUAGAUGCAAUCAUGCAGAGCUGAGCUUUCAGGUCUCGCAUGCCUGAUGCUGUCUUUCAGUCUCAGUGGUGCCCUUUUUUUUUUCUUCUUGAUCUUGAUCAUUGUUCAGUGCAUGUAUGUAGUUCUUCAUCCAUAGACUCCAAUAUUUCAGUUAUGUUGGGUCACUUUUUGUUUUGCAAAUUAAGAAUCGAUCUAUUGGGGCUAAAUGUAAGGUUGUAAAGUUAGCAAGGUUCUCUGGGUAAUACUCCUUCAGGUUUAUACGAGUGGUGAAUCUGACACCAUUCAAUCAUACACUUAAAUUCUAACAUUAUUCAUCCUCUCUUCAAACCAAACCUACAAGACGAAAGAUCUUGCAGCUCUUGGCCAUGAUC